UUACAAAUUUCAGCUCCGCUCCGUUGCAUAUAUAUAUAUAUAUAUAUAUAUGUAACAAACUAACUGCGCUUUUCCGAACUGUACAAAACGCAGAGUAAUACUAAAUCACACGACGUGACCAUCGUCAUCCUUCUCCUCUCCAGCUACUUUUCUUUUGGUGCUUGUGAGGAUUUGGUUCGCAGUGACGAAAUUAUUAGCAUGAACCAGGUCACGCUCUUCAUUCAUGAUGAUGAUGAUCAUCAUCGUGAUUUCAGCUCCGCAAUUUCGAUCUGCAGAAUUUGUCACGAGGAAGAGUUCGAGAGCUGCAAGGCCUUGGAGGUUCCUUGUGCUUGUUCCGGAACUGUAAAGUUUGCACACAGAGAUUGCGUGCAGAGGUGGUGCGAUGAGAAAGGGAACACAGUUUGUGAAAUUUGCUUGCAGAAAUUUGAACCAGGAUACACAUCUCCACCAAAGAAGACACAGCUAAUCGCUACAACAAUAACCAUAAGGGAAACUCUGGUAGUGCCUAUAAACGAGGAAGAAGGAAACCAGGGAGAGAUUCUUGAUAGAGAUUAUUAUUCAGAGUAUGCAACAGCAGAUAAUACAGGUGCUGCUUGCUGGAGAUCAGUGGCUCUCAUUUUUACUGCUCUACUUCUGAUCAGACAUUUAUUUGAUGUUCUUACCGGUGAAGAAGGGCCUUACCCAUUCUCAUUGGCUACUGUGCUUAUGGCGAAGGCUAGUGGCAUACUUCUUCCUAUGUACAUACUAAUCCGGGUUGUGGCAGCAUUACACAGCACCAUUAGUCUUCAUUACCAGAAUUCCGAUAAUGACACUAACUCUGACGAUGACGAUGAAGAUGAAGAUGAAGAUGGGCGAGGGCGACAUAGCAUUGAGACACAAGUUUAAUCCAACUAUUCUUUGUACUACUUAUUUUUUUGGUAUCUUGGUUCUUCCAGGCCUGUAGAAACUGAUGAAUAUGUAGGAAAUUCUUACCCGUGAAUAGAAUGAAGAAAACAAAAUUAUUUAUUAAGCAUCUGUGUAGAUGGCAGAAAAACAGCAGCAACUUUUUUAAUUAUGGAGAUGUAUAUUUGAAUGUCGCAUUACUCACUGACAUAUCUAAACAUCUAAACAACCUACACCUAAAAUAGAGAACUUGACUAUGCCAACU